UGAAGUGCGUGAAAACAAACACAGCGCAUUGUUUAUGAUUCAUUAUCGAUCUACGAAGCCGUACUUUCUGCCAACUGCAGACGAUAAGAGAAGGAAGCAAUCGAUAUAGAAUGUCAGUUUGAGAGCGAAUAGGAGUAAAUAGUACAAUCUCGAAGGUUCUUGAUAUGGAUUUCAACGUUAAGAAAAUUGUUAAGGAUGCUGGGGCCGCUAUCAGCAGAGUCGUACAGCUUACGGAAGAGAAACUUGGCACCUCUGAGAAAACUGAGCUGGAUGCCCAUUUUGAGAACUUGUGGGAGAGGGCUGACACCACAAAAUCUUGGACGGAGAAGCUGCUGAGGAAUACAGAGGCUGUCUUAAUCCCAAAUCCUGGCAAUCGCAUUGAAGAUUUUGUUUACCAGAAGAUUGAGAAGAAGAGGCCCUCUCGAUUAAGCAAUCUAGAGUACCUGGGUUUGGAUAUGAUAGAGGCUGGAAACGUUUUUGGUCCAGGCACUACCUAUGGAAAUGCUUUAAUUAAAGUGGGUUUAUGUGAACAGAAAUUGGGACAAACUGAAAGAGAUUUCAUUGGCUCUGCUGCUAUAUCCUACACCCAACCACUGACCAAAUUCCUUGAAGGAGAAAUGAAAACAAUCAGCAAAGAGAAGAGUAUUCUUGAAAAUAAAAGAUUGGAUUUAGAUGCUUGUAAAAAUCGCGUCAGGAAAGCUAGGAGUUUGUUGGGCACACAAGUGAAAGAUGGUUUGUCUCCAGAAGCUGUUUUAGACCAGGCUGAAAGAGAUUUGCGCGUUGCCCAAUCCGAGUUCGACAGACAGGCGGAGAUCACGAAACUUCUCUUGGAAGGUGUUAGUAGUUCCCAUGCGGCACAUCUGAGAUGUCUGCAAGAAUUCGUGGAAACGCAAGCAAGGUUCUAUGCACAAUGCAGCAGCGCUAUGACUGAGCUGCAGCAGGAAUUGUCUAGUAUGCCAGAUCUUGAUAACACCAAUCCUCUUACAAACUCCAUCCAAAUAAAAGGCAAUAAUGAAGGUUCGUAAAAGGAUUUGAAAAGAAUCAUCGAUUGGAUAAAAAGAUGUAAAUUCAAUUGGAAUCGACGAUUCCCGAUAAAAUUGAAGAUUGUUUUCGUUUUUAAAGUCUUCCUCUCAGAGCUCUCUAGAAAAUGAAAAGUUUUGAUAUUGAAAUUCCCGAAUUAAUUUAUGAACCGAACGUUGUUCCUGUAUUUUUUA